AUGCUAACUGCUAACAAUUACAAGAGGAAGAGGCCAAGACUCUCUUCCGCACAGAUGGUGUCCUCGAAAGGUCCUGAAGGGCCGUCGCAUAGUGCAUACAAGAAGAACCAACAACAAUACUCCAGCGGAUCGUCUUAUACUGACCAGGAAGUCAUCAAUCUUGAUUCGGAUGCCGAGGAUUAUAUUUUCAAAGACAGUGAUGUGAUGGACGACUAUUUGAGUCUCGAUGAUGCCGAUAUGAACUUGAUGAAUGCGACAGACAGCGAAUCUGGUUUGAUCAGCAGGGACAGUUCCCGCCCCAGGAACUCUUUUUCCUCGUACUAUAACACGAACAAUAUCAAGAUUGCUAGCCUGAAACUAUCUGGUCCUUCUAAAUCAAGUGGUCCAAGAAUCAAGAAAAAGAGAACUAAAUCUCUGCCUCAGCUCUCGUACUCCAAGCUGAAUUACCAGCCAAACUUCGAUAAAAAGUCAGUCCAGGAGAAAAUUGGUGAUGUGAAAACCACAUUGAUACAGCACCAGUUCACAAAUUACACUUACAACACGCCAAAGUCUGUGAAUAGAAAACUUUCAUUCAAUGCUGAUGCUCCGUUGAACUUGAGUACAUUCAAUCAACAUAGCAGCAACUCGUCGUCUGACUCAUAUGAUUCCGCGAAUACGUCGGCGACAUCUGUCGAGGAUACCCCAUGUGAUGAUAAAGAUGGUCAUUACAUUAUAGUGCCAGGCGCAUCGUUUGCGAAUGACCGAUAUCAAAUACAAUCACUGCUUGGCCAAGGUACAUUUGGCAAGGUUAUCAAAGCCCAUGACAAAUACAACAACUGUCCAGUUGCGAUCAAGAUAAUACGUGCAAUUCCAAAAUACAGAGAGGCGUCGAAGGUGGAAUUGCGAGUACUCACAAUGUUGAAAAAGCAUGAUCCGGAAAACGAGAACCAAUGUAUUCAUUUGAGGGAAUGUUUCGAUUAUAGAGGUCAUAUCUGUAUUGUGACUGAUAUCCUAAAGAUAUCGCUAUAUGACUUUCUCGAAAGAAACCAAUUUCUACCUUUCCCUGGUUCUCACGUACAGGCUAUUGCGAAGCAGCUAUUAAGAUCGGUUGCAUUUUUGCAUGAUCUUAAUCUGAUCCACACCGAUCUCAAGCCAGAGAACAUAUUGCUGAAAGACGAUUCGUAUACCAGAAAACCAUAUUUGAAGCCACAUGGAACUUCAAGCUCUUUAACUUAUAGAAACAUUCUAAAUGACCCAAAGAUCUACACAAUUGAUUUUGGUUCUGCCAUAUUUGAAGAUGAAUAUCACUCUUCUGUGGUGUCAACGCGACACUACCGUGCACCUGAAAUCAUAUUGGGAAUAGGAUGGUCGUAUCCUUGCGAUCUCUGGUCUGUGGCUUGUAUCUUGGUGGAACUAGUGACUGGCGAUGCUCUAUUCAAAACUCACGAAAAUGCUCAACAUUUGGCUAUGAUGGAGCGGACUUUAGGAGAACCUGUGGAUUUAAAACUCGUGAGGAAAUGUUUCAGCCAAUAUUACUACAACUCUUCCUCGCGUCGCAAGUCGACUUCCAAUUCCGACUGUAUUGCAAAUUGUUUCUCAAAGACUACAGGGAAACUUCUGUUCCCAACGCCGCAAACUCCUAUGAAGUUGAUCGACGAAGUUGAGAGACUUCCAACGCUUGCCGAUCUAGUUGGCUCCAAGGUUGGCCUUCCGUUUGAUAUGAAGUCUUCUUUGAAAGAGUCCAUUGCAAAGUACAACAUCCCGAAGAAACAGUAUGACGAGUAUGAAUUUUGGUACUGGUUUAUUGACUUGCUUAAACAUCUGUUCACAUUCGAUCCGGAGAAACGUAUAACUGCAAUGGAUGCUCUUGGUCAUAAGUGGUUCAAUUACGGUAUUUUCGAUGAUGGCAUUUGUUCAUGA